AUGGCGUUAGUACUCCUUCACUACACAUGGCCCGUGCACGGUACUGAUAUCAACGUCCAGGAGGAGCAGUACUUAGUACGUUGGACGACAGAAACAUCGACGACGGAACCGCCUCUUAGUUGGCAUCCGAUAAAAGAACUAGUACGAUGUCUAGAGCACGUUCAAGAUUACCUCGAAGUGAGAGAGAAGAACGUACCGCCAUCUCAGCGGACGAAAACUUCCAGAAAAAGAAAGAGCCCUGAUGAGGGUCCAGGGUAUGACCGUCGCUCAUCACCUUUCGACCGACGACUUCAAGACAGCCGUACGCCGUUAGCUUCACGGUCUCCUUCUGUGUCAUCUGUCGCAACAUCCCCAUCUGCAGUCAUCGACAUCUACAACGGUGUUUUGGAUGCCGAUGAACAUGGUCACGUUUUCGUUCGCCAAGCCUCAAGUAAAGACAUACCAAAACUUGACAUUCAUACUAUUCUUACGUCAGAGAUGAACCGGGAUGCACAUCGUUUCAGUGUUGACAAAGCACUCACCUAUAUUCGCAACGAGUAUGUACGGAGACUAGCGAAAGUAGCAGGCAAACCCAUCCACUUAAUCAAUCUAGUAGACAAAGCCACUCCAUCUUUGCGAUUUCGAUACAUCUCCGAAUACGUAUUGAAUGAGCAGCAAGGCGUCUACCGCGCAUCAGUCGAAACUCAACAAGGCUGUACGCAAUGUUCACCACAUAUGGGCCGUGACAUCGGAUGCGAAUACACCAAAAAGUGUGACUGUCUUGAAUACGCAGCAGUCGAUGAAAGUCGUCUCGAUGAAGAAGGUAGGCGAGCAUACCAGGACGCUCUCGAAACGGGAACAUCCACUAUGGGCUUUCCUAAGAAGUUCCCUUACUUCGCUGAAGGCACCAAACGAGAGAAGACCGGCUGUCUUGUGCCCUUCUACUUAAACUCCCGUCGCCCAAUCUACGAGUGUAACGAUAGGUGUAGGUGCGGUCCCUAUUGUCGAAAUAAAAAUGUACAGUUUGGACGACAAGUCGAGUUGGAAAUCUUCCGAACCGGUGACGUACGAGGUUGGGGUUUGCGCUGCAAGGUGGGUUCUGAUGUGUACCAAUUAUCUGAGAGGCAUACGCUGACAUCACCCCUCCCGCUGCAGGAAGAUCUUCACGAAGGCCAAUCCAUUGACACCUACCGCGGCGAAGUGAUAACCGACGCCGAAGCCACCCGUCGAGAAAGCUCUUCUUCAAAAGCAAAAGCAUCGUACCUCUACUCUCUCGACAAGUUCGCAGAAUCCGAAGGCCUCAAGGAAGAGGAUAUAUACGUUGUGGAUGGCGAGUUUAUGGGUGGGCCAACAAAAUUCAUUAACCACUCAUGCGACCCCAAUUGUCGGCAGUAUACUGUCUCUUACAAUAAGCAUGAUCCUAGGAUCUAUGAUAUUGCGUUCUUCGCACGGAGACACAUACCCAAGGGAGAGGAACUGACGUUCGAUUAUCUUGAUAAGGAAGAAGGUGAGGAAAUAGAUGAGCCGGGUGAGGGUGCGAUAGAAUGCCGUUGUGGUGCGGCGAAUUGUCGAGGAUACCUGUGGAAUUGA